ACAACUUGAACCUGGCCCGAGGGGUGUAUGACAAAAUGAUGAUGACGAUCUUGGGCUAUGUGAAACCUAACGCUAAAAUGUUCACAGUGAACUUCCUGAGAGGCAACGACAUCGCCUUUCACAUCAACCCCCGCUUCAACGAGGCGGCCAAGCAGGUGCUUGUCCGCAACCACAAGCUGGGUGAACGCUGGGGUGCCGAAGAGAGAGACCUGAAGGGUCCCUUCCCUUUUGCGCUUGGGAGCCCUUUUGAGAUGAAGAUCCUGUGCACGCCUGAGACGUUCAGGGUGGCAGUGAACAACAUCCCCCUGUUUGAGUUCCGUCACCGCAUCAGAGAGCUCAACCAGAUCGACAGAAUCAACAUCUUGCACGACGUCGUCCUCACAUACGUCAAUGUGGAGACACUUCCUUAAGAAAUUCAGCUUUAGCCACACAGAUGAACGCAUAUAUACGACUGUGUGUUUAUGCAGCAGAGAUACAUAUACGUAGAUAAAUGGUGUGACACAUACUCUUACGGUAUUUACAGGCUACAUCUUGGGGGUAACGUUUCAGUUAAUGUUUAGCAUUAUGCUCUAAAAUGGGAUAAAUAAGCAUGUUAGUUGGUCCUGUGAUGUAUAAGGUAAUGAGCUGAGCUCAUUGUUUAACAAUAAGGAAUACGUCCUGUGCUACAGCACUAAUCACUUCAUGCACAGAGGCAUUUGAUUUUCUGUAUAGAUGCUACUGCUACUAUUUUUAUUGUAGACAAUAACAUAAUCUAUAAUAUGAAAGUUCUACUAACUAAUAGAUAACUGAGAACUAUGUAUGCACCGAUGUUGGAAAAAAAUGGCAACACUGGUUCAUGAUUAUUACCUCUCGAUUAGUAUUAACUGUAGAAAUCCUUUAAUAAUAAAUGUACAAGGGUCCUUGUGUAAUCAAG